AUGCUGUAUGAUGAGAGUUUUCUACUGGUGCUACAAGAUGAAGUUCUAGGCAUACCAGAUGAAAAAAAUGAGAAACCACAAGCAACCAUAUUGAGGCAAUACACAUACUUAGUACGUUGGAAAUUGGGAGAUCUUAAACAAUAUAAGGAAUGUGAACUCAGUUAUGGUGCAGACCUUAGCAAUAAUCUCACAGUUGUGCAGUAUAUAGUGCCUGCCAGCAUUGUGCAAGGAUAUGAACUAAAUAAUUUAAGUGCUCAUGCCAAGUAUACUGUGAGAAUUGUAUGUUAUAGAAAUAAUGGGUCUCCAAUCAAUAGCACAGUGGAUUUUAUUACAAAUGGCUCAUUGGAAGAUGUGACUACACAACAGACAGGAGUCAAUACAGAGACAAAAAGAUCUAUAAUUUCCACAGUCACUAGUACUGAAUAUCCCUCAGUUUUAAAGGAAAAGAUAUCUUAUGGUAUGCUAAACAAAGUAGACAUUACUCUUGGUGUUAUCUUUGGUAUUGUUGGGAUAACAAUAGUUGCUGGUGGAACGUUUUAUAUUUGGAGGAAGGUACGCAGAUACAACAGGAUACAGAGAUUUGUUGGAAACCGUACGUCAGACAGUAAUCCUUUCCAAAGUUUACGUCAGGAGGAAGAAGAAGAAGACACAUGGAGUGGGACAUUGAUGACCUGAAGUAUUAACAGGACAUUGGUAUGGAUGUCACACUCUGUUUAUCAGUAUGGCCAACCACAGCAAUGAAUAUGAAGCCACUGGUUGCCACAGAACCUCAGCUGAUUCCAAAGAAGUAAAAAGUUUCUCAGUCUGCUGGGUAGUAUUUUAUCUGAAGUAACCAGAAUGACUACACAUAAGAGGUGAACAAUUUCAGCACUGGCUUUAAAUGAUAAUGGGAAAAAAACUGUUGCCAUGGCAGAAGACCUCGUGGUAGUUUGGAUGCCUAAGUGCUGGUAAUUGAUGAAAAUAUUGAUGUACCUUCAACCCAUUAAAAAAUCUGCUCUUGUGAAAAUGUUAAAAUUAACAUAUUUAAGUACAUGGUAAUAUUAUAUGUAAACCAGUUAUGACAUAUAAUCCAUUAUGCAAAAAGGGAUUAUGCACUAUUAUAACUGAAUAAUGCACAUAUUCAUUUGCAGCUGUUAUCAUGUUCGCUGCAAUGAGUGGGUUCUGCAGUUAACAUCUCUGUGUCACAAAAGAAUGUUAUGUGGCAAGUGAGAUGUCUUUUUUAUGCACAGACGUGGUGGUUUGUGUGUAUAUUAACAUAGCCUGUGUAUUUGUCUGCAACACCAAGAUAGGACAUGCACAUCUCCUGCUACCUCAAUAAUGGAAAGCAAUAUUGCUAUUUUGCUUCAAAUUCUCUGUGCUUAUUCACUGGCAUUGGCAUUGAAAUGAAGGUUUAGAGUGAAAAUCGUGACCUGAUUAUUCUUUGUAUUUUUUCUAUAACAUUUUAUAAGUACGAUAAUUUUGAUCUCAUGGACACUAUAUUAUCCAGAUUGCCUGUCUGAUUUAACUGAAACCUGCUAGGAAUAACCAUGGACCCGAAAUGAUGGCCAAUUUUAAAAAUAGGUGUGAUCUGCUUAUUAUUCUUUAUUCAUUAUUAUUUUUGAUGAUUUUGACAAAAGACAAUUGGACCAUUGGCUGUCCUGUCCUGAUUACAGCUACAGUUAUUUUUAAAAAGGAAUGUUUUUUCCUAAUAUUUAAAAUGAGAUAUGUUGUCUGUACAUUUGUCAGCCUUACUUGGCUUGUUUCAUACUUAGUACUGGUACAUUAAAAAGAUGGGUGCCAUAAUCAGGGUAUUCAGCAUGAUAUUGCUAUAAAUUACUUUCUUUUAUAACACGCAAGCUCCUCACAAAAUUCACUAGAAUUUUUUGUAAAAAGGAUCAGUGGAUCAUGUCCAUUUAUACAGCACCUGCAAUAUGAUCCUUUACUCUCCAGCUUCCUGCAAAUAUUUUGCAUUCAGGCUACACAAAAUUUAAGGGGCUUUAUAAACCGAUUUGGUAUAAUUUUAUAUAUCUGUUGGAAUUUAAUCGUUUCAAAAUGAUGUAUGAACUUAACAGACAAAAUGGUGUGAAAAAUGAAGACAGAAAUAUUGAAUUUGUCGGUAUAUUUAAUGUUUUCACAAAUGUCACUGUGAUUAAAAGGAAGAUCAUUAAUGGUCUCUGACUUAAAAUGACCUCCGAGUCUCCGACCUUAACCAGGAACAAUGGCCUGGUGAGUUCGUGGUACCCACCGAUCAUUUUCUUGAAUCUUAAAAUGAUUUUUUUUUUUUGGUUGAAAACCCAAGGUGAAAUUCACAUGGUGUGUUAUCAUAUCUUAUGAGAUUUCAAAAACAAACAUACAAACAAAAAACCAACAAGUCAGCUGGUCUGAAAUACAGGGUAGUAAGUGGUCUGCUGCCGUCUAUGUAAAACUAAAACGAGAUUUUAAAUCUUGAGACUAAUUUCCAAAGAUGUACCUUGACAUGUCUGAACAAUAUGAAUGUAUUAGAAAAUUUAAUAUGAAUAUACAUGCCAUCUGUUUAUUGGAAGUCGCUAUUAUGUAAGCAUAUUGGGGAACGUGUUAUGUAUUUGUCGUGACUACAUGUAAUGUAUUGAUGUUAUUUCACCAGUUAAACUAGUGAGGAGCAAAGAAUACUCGCGGAUGUCUUUAAAGUAAGACAAUCUUUUUGUACAACAGAUUUAUUAAAAGAUUUAACAAAUAGCAUAUCGUAUGUGGUUCAUUUACCUUGGUUGUAUAUCACGAUCAUGUAUUUCCAUGCAAAUUGGAGCAAUAUCAGACUAGGAUACAUUUGAGGUUACUCAUUAAACUCAAAUAAACGGAAUAUAUUCAUGUAACGGUAACUUUAAUUAUGGUUUUUUUUUUAUUUAACGGAAGCAGUAUUAAGUGUAAGUGCAUUCAGUGCUAUGAUAAGUCUCUCUUCAUGUCAAUUUCAUAGUGUCCAGAAUUAAUGUGUAUAUAUGAAUUACCGUGAAUAUGUUUUACUCUUGGGUAAGCAUAAAGGAAUCAGUUGCUGCUGUUGGGCACUUCUAAAGUUUAACAGAAGAGUGAGUGGGCAACAAUCUUUACAGAAUGUUGGGAAACAGCCUUCCUAUUUAACCAAAAAGAAAUAAAUGCAUCAUC